AACAGCUCUUUAACAGAUGAAAACCAUGCAUUCAAUACCCGAUCAUUUAUUAUGGUUUAGUCAGCAAAGAAAUGAAAUCGAUAUAUGCAAUCUACAACAACAACAGAGAACUGAUCCACUCGUACUACGUAAACUAUUACAUGUUUGAUAUUAAAAGUGACAAUUAUUAAUAAUGGAAAAAAGAAAAAAAAAAAUCAAUCAAAUAUCAACGAGUAAAACCUCUAUAACUAGUGGUAAUCUGAAUAUCUUACGUAAUAACUGUGACAAAUUUACUUAAUUUCAUUCAUGACCAACAACCCAUACAGCCGGUUAACCUAAGGUAUUUAAAUGAAUGUACCUACCCGCCAAUAAAAUGUCCUGUGUUUAAAUGUUAAAGUUCACUGUGACUAAAGAUUAGUACACUGCAGACGCUAUUAUAAUGGAGAUUAAACUAUAGUUUUUCAUAAGCUAUUUAUAAGAGGAUCAAUCGCAUAUUAGUAUCAUAAAUCAUCUUAGAAUAUUCCAGUAUCAUGGAAUACACAUGUUUGGAAAUCCCACCCUUGUUUUCUGGAAAUGGUUUGAUGGUAGAAAUUUUUUGGCUCUCCUGGCUUUUGUUCGUGCUAGGGUUGAUGAUGCUGAUUUUACUUUGCUAUUGCAUGUGCUGGAAACGAAAUCGUCCAAAACCAAUACAUGUUCAUCCAGAUCCAAUAGUGAUGACAUCAAGAUUUGUACAGACCAGGAAAAUGUCCCAGGAGGACCUCCACAGUUGUCUGGACUGGCUGCUGCAGGAACAGGGAGAACUACAGUCAGCAUCUUUUGGACAGUCGAAAGAUGGGGUAUUAUCAGCAGCUCGACUUCAGAAACUCAAACAACAAAACAUCAACAACUAUAAUGAAACCAUUUCUAAAGUUGUAGCCAAACAUAAACUGUCUCCAAAUGAAUCCAGAGAGUUAUCAGAAGCAUAUGAUUCUUUAAAGGCAGUAUCAACGAAAAGAACAGCAUGUAUGGAGGUGAUGGCUGGAGUAGCUUCCCUUGAAGAUCCAAUUGAGACUCUAGCAAGUGAAUUUGACACAAGAGCCGUACAUCUUGUCAACUUAGGAUAUAACAAUAGAGAUACAGCCAAUCCUUUGCAGAGUAAUGAGAGUAUGGCAAGGACUGCUCAGAACUGUGUUGCUGGCGUACGAAAUAACUGGAGAUGGAUAGAUACAGUUCUACAGUGCUCCCAGGUCCAUCUUCAUAAUGCUGCCGCAUAUCAUCAGUUUUUCCAUGAAGUAGAAGAAGUUGAAUACUGGAUGAAUACAACGCUAUCACGUAUUCAUUUAUCUUUCGAUAGAUCAAGACUAAAAGGCGAUUCAUCUGAUGUUGCCUUUAUCCAGGAUGAAAUGAAGGAUCAUUUACUAGCAUACCUACAGUGGCAGAGUAAAGUUGAUAGACUUUUCGAUCGUGCAAAGGACAUUGUUCCAGUACAAGACAGAGUAGAGAAAUUACAACAGUCUAAACCAGUGAUUGCUUUAACUGAUUACAAGACAUCAGAGAUCGAAUUCAUCGAAGGAGAGACGCUUACCUUAUUAGACAAUAGCAAGCGAGAUAAAUGGAAGGUACAAAACGAAAGGGACCAGAUUGCAAUGGUUCCAGCAGUAAUUUUACUGAUUCCAUCACCAUCAGGGAGAGCAAUUGAUGCUGCAGUCAGAUUGCGAAUACAGCUACUUGCACUGUGGACUGGAAGUAUAAAACGUCUUGGCUAUCAAAUGAUUGCCUUCAUGACAUUGAUAUUCAGGGACUGGACAGAGGAAGAGAUUAGAGCAUUGCAGUCAAUGGGUCAGAAAGACAAACGAGAACUAUUGGGGAUAUUAGAUAAUAUUGAAGAUACUCUGAUUAGAAACUGGAAUGGUUAUGGGGACUUCAAGCUUCUCCAAGAACGAAUGUCUCAACUCAGAAUGAUUAUCGAAGAAUCUGAUGACACUAAAGGGAAAGGCAAAAGUUCAGAAGUAUCUUCAACCGUUGUUGUUCAAGUAAAAUCACUGGAUGAUCUCCUCAACAGAUACAAAGAUUUCUGGGCUUACUGGGAGACUUACAAAAUGGUUGUAGAACUUCUUCAACAACCGAAAUAUUUACUAGUGUGUGACAAAUGGGAUCAGUUGAAGUAUAUCACUACUGCACAUUUUGUUAAAUUCUGGAAUACUCCAUUAGAUCUCCAACUUCCUGGUUACACAUCAACAGAUUAUCAACUUGACCAAUAUUCUAUUUCGGACCAAAGUAUAACGUUGUCAGAAACUCCAAGUGAACCAUUCCCUGAACGUGAAUUGCCUCUUCGAAAAUCAAUUGAAGAAGAAGAACAUGACGACUUUGAAGAAAUCGUCCAAGAAACAGUAACUCAAACACAACAAUCAGUUCAGCAAACUGUCCCUGAAGAUGAAACCUAUGAGAUGUCUGAGGAGUUAACAGAAACCAGAGAGGAAACAACAACUGAUCAGAUUUAUUCAAGCGUGGAAGAGGAAACAAGUGUCUUGAUUAUUAAGUCGGUUGUUGAUCCGAGGACAAAUUCUCUGAUUUCUGUUCAAGAGGCAGUUAUGCAAGGAAUUUUAGACCAAGUUGAAGGCACGUAUGUUAAUCCUAUUACAAAAGAAGUAACAAAGUUAAUCGAUGCACAGAACGAAGGACUUGUUAUAAUGCAAACACAAUCUAGAAAACGAUUACGAAAACAGGACCAGUCAUAUGGUCUGAUAACAAUUAAGACGACAAAAGAAAACCGACCGUACACAGUAAAGGCCGUGCUGGAUCCAAGCACUGAAGAGGAGAUAACUGUUGCAGAGGCAGUAAAGAGAGGUUUUAUUGAUACCAAAGCGGGAACUUACAAAAUGGACAAUGGUGAUAAUAUAUCAAUACCUGAUGCAAUAGAAAGUGGUCUUGUAAUUGCUGAGUUCUCUGAUGGACCAGAUACUACACAUGAAGCGGAAACCGUCACAAAAACGUAUGCCGUACACGGAGUAAUAGACCAAAAGCGCAAAAUUAAAGUGUCCUUUACUGAUGCGCUAACACGACGCUUGUUAGAUAGAGAAGAUGGAUACUAUUUUCACAAUUUAACACGUGCAAAAGUUCCAAUAAGUGAAGCCAUUAUGAAGGGUUUUAUCAAAGCUAGAUUAGUAAAAGAUCCAUCAAAAUUAGAUAUUAAUCCAAAUAAUAACAUUGUGAUUGAGAAAUUUUCAAAUGCAAAAUCAAAAAUAAUGAAAGCAGUGAAAAUCUCAAAAGCUUUCAAGGCAGCAGCAAAUGGAAAUACAUGAACAAAACAUAUUUCUAUCUUACCCAAUGCUUUUAUGUAUAGUCUGCUACUAUUGUUUGUUGUUAUAUGUACUAUCAUUUAACAAUGUCUAUUCAAAUGCGUUUUUGCAGGAUCUUUGUAAAGAUGUUUUAUUCAUUUACCGUUUAUAACUAUUUCCGUUAUGCAAUAAGUGUGACUAUAAUUUAAAUACGUGGUUCAUCAAAAGGCAAGAUUACCUACAAUAUUCAACUAAAUUGAGAAUAUAGUUAGCAAAAAGAAUUAUUGGUAACUGUUUGCAUGGUUUAAAUGUUAGGUAAAGAUUAAUUACAUGUUGUACCGUACCCGUCUUUCUUGAGUCUAGAAUAGAACAUAAUCUUAACAAUAAAAAAUUCUUUUGACAUCCGGUUUUGUCACCUAAUGUUAUAUUUAGCUGCUAAGCAGAACUCGUUGAAAUCAUAAGCAAUUUAGGACAAGCUUCAAGUUAAAACAGCCGACAUCUAUUAAAAAUUCAGAUUAGAAAAGAUUUAUAUAAAUAUAAUGGGGGCCUCGGUGGCCGAGUGGUCUAAGGAGUUACUACUGUAAUCACUAGCCAGUCAACACUGAGGUUGUGAGUUCGAACCCCGCUCGUGCGGGUGCACUCGACUCCAGUCUUUAUUGACUAGGAUUGUCAGUUUUCUUAUCGAAGGUCGGUGGUUUUCUCCGGGCACUCCGGCUUCCCCCACCAAUAAAAACUGGCCGCCACGAAAUAGCCCAAAAGCGGUGCUUAAAAGUGGCGUUAAAACACCAAAAAUUAAAUUAAUUAUAAAUAUAAUGUUUGACCAAGAAAACGUAUUUUUGAUAAUAUUUAGACCUUAUUUUCAUUAAUAUAAUUAAUGAGUUUGUAAUGUUUUAUAAGCUUAUUAUUGGCCUACUACCUUAAAACUCUUUUUAUGCAAGGUCAUGUUUAUUUGUUGAUAAUAUUUUUAAACUCUGAAAAUGUUUUUGCAAUUUCUAUGUGACAUUUUAUAUUAUUAUAAAGCUUAUAUUUUAUUGCUAGAUGAAAUAUUUUUACCAAUUGUAGUAACAGUCUUUUUGACAAAUUUAAGAAAUGAAAUAAACAUUUUAUAUAUAACAA